AUGCAGCACGGCGGCGCCCCUGUCCCUCCCCCUUUCUUCUCCACUCCACCUACUUUUCUACCCGUAGUAACUCGGGAGAGCCGGAGAGGAUCGAAUUCAGGUGGCGGCGCCGGGCACUACGUAGGGGUCACGGCGACGGCGGCGGCUGACGGCUGGAAGAGCAGGCUUUCUUCGCCGCUUGUCCUCCUUCCCCGGUCCGCUCGGUGUCAGGAGCGGCGGCGCGGCGGUCGGACUUCGUCCUUACUCCCGUUACCCCCCGCGCCCGAGCGGGCACUCUUCCCUUCGCCAUCCCCCGACCCUUCACCCCGGGGACUGGGCGCCUCCCCCGGCACACCACUGGGAGCGGAGGCCGGUCUCCUGCUUGGCUGUCGCGCCUCCAUGUCGGAUAACCAGAGCUGGAACUCAUCGGGUUCCGAGGAGGAUCCGGAGACGGAGUCCGGGCCGCCUGUGGAGCGCUGCGGGGUCCUCAGCAAGUGGACAAACUACAUUCAUGGAUGGCAGGAUCGUUGGGUAGUGUUGAAAAAUAAUACUCUAAGCUAUUACAAAUCUGAAGAUGAAACAGAGUAUGGCUGCAGGGGAUCCAUCUGUCUUAGCAAGGCUGUCAUCACGCCUCAUGAUUUUGAUGAAUGUCGAUUUGAUAUUAGUGUAAAUGAUAGCGUUUGGUAUCUUCGUGCUCAGGAUCCAGAUCACAGGCAGCAGUGGAUAGAUGCCAUUGAACAGCACAAGACUGAAUCUGGCUAUGGCUCUGAAUCUAGCCUGCGCCGGCACGGAUCAAUGGUGUCACUGGUGUCUGGAGCAAGUGGCUAUUCUGCAACAUCCACCUCUUCAUUCAAGAAAGGCCACAGUUUACGUGAAAAAUUGGCUGAAAUGGAAACUUUUAGAGACAUCCUAUGUAGACAAGUUGAUACUCUACAGAAGUUCUUCGAUGCCUGUGCUGAUGCCGUCUCCAAGGAUGAACUUCAAAGGGAUAAAGUGGUAGAAGAUGAUGAAGAUGAUUUUCCAACAACACGUUCUGAUGGAGAUUUCCUGCAUAAUACCAAUGGCAAUAAGGAAAAGAUAUUUCCUCAUGUAACACCGAAAGGGAUUAAUGGUAUAGACUUUAAAGGGGAAGCAAUAACUUUUAAAGCAACAACUGCUGGAAUCCUUGCUACACUUUCUCACUGUAUUGAACUAAUGGUAAAACGUGAGGACAGCUGGCAAAAGAGACUGGAUAAGGAAAUGGAGAAGAGAAGAAGAGCAGAAGACGAAUGCACAAAUGCCAUGACAGAACUUAAGAAAAAAUCCCACUUUGGAGGACCAGACUAUGAGGAAGGUCCAAAUAGUCUGAUUAAUGAAGAAGAGUUCUUUGAUGCUGUUGAAGCUGCACUUGACAGACAAGAUAAAAUAGAAGAACAGUCACAGAGUGAAAAGGUUAGAUUACAUUGGCCUACAUCGUUGCCAUCUGGAGAUGCCUUUUCUUCUGUGGGGACUCAUAGAUUUGUUCAAAAGCCCUAUAGUCGCUCUUCCUCCAUGUCUUCCAUUGAUCUUGUCAGUGCCUCUGACGAUGUUCACAGAUUCAGCUCCCAGGUGGAAGAGAUGGUACAGAACCACAUGACUUACUCAUUACAGGAUGUAGGUGGCGAUGCCAAUUGGCAGUUGGUGGUAGAAGAAGGAGAAAUGAAGGUAUACAGAAGAGAAGUUGAAGAAAACGGGAUUGUUCUGGAUCCUUUGAAAGCUACCCAUGCAGUUAAAGGUGUUACAGGACACGAGGUCUGCAAUUAUUUCUGGAAUGUGGAUGUUCGCAAUGACUGGGAAACAACUAUAGAGAACUUCCAUGUGGUGGAAACAUUAGCUGAUAAUGCAAUCAUCGUUUAUCAAACACACAAGAGAGUGUGGCCUGCUUCUCAGCGAGAUGUUUUAUAUCUUUCUGCCAUUAGAAAGAUACCAGCCUUGACUGAAAAUGACCCUGAAACAUGGAUUGUUUGUAAUUUUUCUGUGGAUCAUGACAGUGCACCUCUAAACAAUCGAUGUGUCCGUGCCAAAAUAAACAUUGCUAUGAUAUGUCAAACCUUGGUAAGUCCCCCAGAGGGAAACCAGGAGAUUAGCAGAGACAACAUUCUAUGCAAGAUUACAUAUGUAGCUAACGUGAAUCCUGGAGGAUGGGCACCAGCCUCAGUGUUAAGGGCAGUGGCAAAGCGAGAGUAUCCCAAGUUUCUGAAACGUUUCACUUCUUACGUCCAAGAAAAAACUGCAGGAAAACCUAUAUUAUUCUAGUAUUAAUAGUGACUGAAGCAAGGCUGUGUGACAUUCCAUUUUGGAG